CUGCUUGUUGGCAGCUACCGACUGUAAGCUUGCUACACUGUGACCAGACGAUUUCCCAACAUAGAUAUUUCACCACAUCGCUCAAAAAAGACACCACCCUUCUACCACUAAAUAAUAUAAAAAUGGUCACUGGCUAAACAAAACUUAAGUUACAACCGGACAUCCGUUCAGUUGAGGUGGUACAUAAAUAAAAUAGUGAUUUAGUGGUGGUGAGGUGGUAACUUUAAAUAUACCUACAUAGUGGUACCAUGAAGGGAAUUAUUUGUAUAGUAGUGUUAUCCGCACUAUGUGCUGUUGUGUACGCCCAUGGCCACGAGCAUGGCGGAGGUCAUCACCACCACGAAGGUCAUCACCAUGAUCAUGGCCACCAUGACCACGAAGGUCACAAAGGUCAUCACCACCAUCACAAAGGUGAUGAGGGUCAUCACGGUAGACACCAUCAUGGGGAACAUCACCACGAGCAUGAUGGAGGUCAUAAGAAGCACUGGGAUGAACAUGAUCACCAUGGGAAACAUCAUGAGCAUGGACAUCAUCACAAAGGUGAGGAUCAUGGCCACCACGAGCAUUUCGACCGUGGCCACCAUAUAGAUGGCUUCCAUAAAAAAUACCAUAAGGACCACUUCCACAAAGACCAUGACUUCUACGACAAACACCAUGCUGAAGGCAAACACCACAAGUACGGCAAGCACCAUGGCCAUCACCACAACGACGAAGGUCAUCACGCAGAUGGCCACAAGCACCACUCAGGUCACCACGAAGGUCAUCACGGCCAUCACGGUCAUCACGACAAAGGCCACCACGACGAAGGGCAUCACGACCACCAUGGCCACCACGGCCACGAGGACCAUGAUCAUCAUCACCAUGAUCACGGUAAAGGAGGUCAUCACGAACACCACAAAGGAUGGGGUCACCACGGCAAACAUUAAAAAAAAAUUGUUAAAUUAUUUAUUGUUGAUGUUUUUUGUACUUUUUUAACUGUG